CAGAAUCAAACCCUGACUUGCAUUACUGUCCCAUCCUGUAGUCGUCUCGGUCUCUCCAAUUCUGCGCGUAUGUCCAGGCCCUAUCCCACCACCACCGUCUCGCCGCCGACGCCGACGCCGCCCUCGCGCGUCUCGCUCCACUCGCCGUCUCCCGCCGUCGUGACCUGUCUGACCUCGCCAUCCCCAGCUGCCACCUCGGGCUCCUUUCCCUCCAGGCCCGCGCUCGCCCCGGAGAUUCCCUGGAAGGAAGACGUCCCGGGAGCAGCUCUAGGUAUGUCUUCCUCCUCCACGGCCGAGGGCGUGGUCGAUGCUUGCGAGUUCACCGAGGUCGUGGUUGUGCGGCACGGCGAGACUUCCUGGAACGCCUCCCGCAUCAUACAGGGACACUUGGAUGCAGAACUGAAUGAGAUUGGGAGGCAGCAGGCUAAUGCGGUUGCUCAUCGGCUGUCUAAAGAAGCCAAGCCAGUUGCAAUAUACUCAUCUGAUCUGAAGCGUGCGGCAGAGACUGCAACAAUAAUAGCAAAAAUUUGCAAUGUACCAAAUGUUGUGUUCGAUCCUGCACUUAGAGAAAGGCACAUAGGAGAUGUGCAGGGCUUGAAGCUUCAAGAUGCAGUUAAAGAAAAGCCAGAGGCUUACAAAGCUUUUAUGUCCCACAAGCGAAACAAGGAAAUUCCUGGUGGUGGAGAGAGUCUUGAUCAACUAUCAGAGCGAUGUGUCUCAUGCUUGUAUAACAUAGUCGAAAAACAUAAAGGGGAGCGAGUAAUCCUAGUCUCUCAUGGUGGAACCAUCAGAGAACUAUACAGGCAUGCCAGUCCCACCAGGCCGCUCCAUACUAAAAUACACAACACGUCAGUAAGUGUUAUCCUUGUUUCUGGUGACACUGGCCGUUGCAUUGUGAAGAUGUGUGGAGAUAUUAGUCACCUUCAGGGCACCGGUGUUCUGGAAAAUGCAUUCGGUGGCGACAAGUCUUCUGCAUAAGAGCUCCGUACUCGCAGCAGUUUCACAUGUAAAGAUUACACAUUCUUGUCUCAUGUUUUAGCUGUCACGCUAUCGAUCUCUUACUAACAACAGUGGGAAAUAAAGCAAAACUCUUGAGGCUCUUACCAAGUUCUUC